AUGUCUGGCGCUAUGCACAAGAUCAAAGAGGUCCUGACUGGCCACCACGGCGACUCUGGAACCACCAACCAUGGUCCUCAUGAUUCCAAGGCCGCUAACAAGGUCGAUCCUCGUGUAGACUCCGACCUUGAUAACCGUGCUCGCCACGAAGCCAUGGGAGGUGCUGCCGGCCCUCAUUCCUCCAGCACUGCCAACAAGCUCGAUCCUCGCGUAGACAGCGACCGUGACAACCGAGGAGCCGCUGGUACUUAUGGUACUGGCAACACUUAUGGCUCGAACACCUACACCAACACCAGCAGCAACGCUGGUCCCCAUAACUCCAACAUCGCCAACAAGUUGGAUCCCCGUGUUGACAGUGAUCGCGAUAACCGCGCUCGUCAUGAAGCUAUGGGCGGCACUGCCGGUCCCCACAAGUCCGACAUCGCCAACAAGCUGGACCCCCGUGUCGACAGCGACCUCGACAACCGCGGAGUCCACAGCCACACCAAUACCGGUACCACUGGCCUAACCGGCGCAGGAACCGCUGGAACCACCCACACCGGGACUACCGGAGCAGGCUACGGCUCGAACACCUACGGCACCACCAGCUCCAACGUCGGUCCCCACGACUCGAACAUCGCCAACAAGCUCGACCCCCGUGUGGACUCGGACAUGGACAACCGUGCGCGCCACGAGGCCUUGGCUGGCAGCAGCUACGCGGGCACCAACACUGGCACCGGUGCCGGCUACACAGCUGGCCCGCACAGCUCCAACCUGGCCAACAAGAUGGAUCCGCGUGUGGACUCGGACCUGGAUAACCGGGGCACCCUUGGCAGCCAGCGUUUCUAA